CCUCUCAAAAACCCACCACCAACCAUUUUCAAAAAUGACCAACUCAACCUCCGUUGUCAACACCCCUCUCCGUAGAUCUGCCAGGUUUCUUCACCUUCAUAAAACCCCACCGCCACAACCGCAAGAUCCGAACACCCAGAACCCCAAAUUCACAAACAAUCGUCGACGCUCGGCCAGAUUGGAUUCUACACCAAAAACCCAGACCCGCAAAAUCAAAGCUUCAAAAGAACCGUGUCGACCGAGUUGUGGUUCCAGAGAACCUCCAAGAUUGAACGACGGGGUUGUCUCUUCACAGAGUCUUAGGCGGUCUCCAAGAUUUUGUAGUAACCCAAUUGCUGAACAAGUUGUCAAGAAGAGUGGAAAUGAAAAGUCGAAGAAGAGGUCCAGUGCAGCCAAAUUUAAGAAACGUAAGAGAAAAAGUGAAGUGGGUGUGAAAUUGUGUGAGGAAAUUGAGGUGCCUAGGAUCAGUAUUGUAAUGGGUUUGAAGGCGUUUAGAGCUGAAGGAAUGAAGAUGAAGGACAGAGAAAUUGGAGAAGAGAAUGAAGAGAUUAAUGUUAAGAGAGAAAGGAAGUGUGGCGAGGAAGGUAAAAAGAGUGGUAAAAUAAGAAUUGAAGGGUGGACAAAAGAACAAGAGGUGGCAUUGCAGAGAGCAUAUUUCGCUACGAAGCCCACUCCUCAUUUCUGGAAGAAGGUUUCUAAGCUGGUGCCUGGAAAGUCAUCACAAGAGUGCUUUGAUAAAGUUCACUCAGAACAUCUAACCCCAACUCAGCCUCGGCCUCAGUCUAGAGCAAAUAAAAGAAACUCAUCACCCGUUGAACAAUUUUCGCUCUCUGCGAGUAAACUGCUUAAACCUAUUCAACCAAAGAUUAAAAGGUCAAGUUGCAAUAAACAAAAGAGUCAUCUUACUCAGAAAAUAGUCAGAAAUUUGUUACAAAAGAAUUGUCAUAUAGACAAAGACUAUGAAGCAGAUCUAUUCUCAGUCCUUGAGCCCAACACUAGUUCAUCUGUUAAAGUUAGUGGGCAGAAUGGUUUACUUUCCACCCCAAAGCUUUUACAGAAAAACCAGGAAUUUCUUCAGAAAUACCAAGAGAGAUCUUCUGGACAGAAGAAGCCCCUUUCAAGAUUUAGUAGUUCAUGUGGGACAGCUCUGGUUAGUCCCCCGGUAUUGAAGCAGGUCAAAAACAUUGCAUUACACGAGAAGUAUAUUGACCAAUUACAAAACCGGGAAGCUAAGAGAAAGGCUGCAUCUGCAAGGGCAGACCGAAUCGUUACUGGGAAAGAGAAUAAAAGGGGGAUCCCUGGUCUGGAAUUUGAUGUUGUCAGAGCAGCAAAAAUUGCCAUGGUUACUGAUGCACAAAAUGCCAUUAAUCAACUCCAACAUCUCCAGGCGAAUACCAUGAGAGAAUCUUUUGAUUUUGAUUGUGAUAGUGUUAGCUGUGAUGAUGAUGAAGGUGAAUCUGAACUCUAACGAUCUAUUUUUUUGCUUCCAUUUAACUGUAUCAUUUAACAUGCAUUUAUUUUAUAUGCUAAAUCAUAGCUUGCUUAGCAUUAACCCAUUAUUAGAAGUCCUAUAUGUUGUAAAUUUCUUUUUUCAAAUGAAAUUGUGA